AUGGCAACGCCGCCGGCGCCGGAGGCUGCGACGGCCGCCCAGGCGUCACCGCAGCGCCUUCGCGAGCUCCUCGACGAGGUUGCGCGGAAGGAGGAGGCGCUGCGGCAGCUCCGCGCGCUCUUUGAGCGGCUGUGCCGGGACUACGAGGUGGAGCAGCGCAACGCGGCGCGGGCCAAGCUGGAGCUCGAAACGCUCCUGACACGGCACGAGACGCAGCAGCAAGAGCUCGUCACCAUGAAGGCCAGGAGCGCCGUGCAAGAGGCGCGAAUCAAGGAGGAGGACGGCGCCUGGGCGCGCCGCACGCGGCAGCUGCGGCAGGAGCUCGCGGCCGCCGUUGAGGAACGCGACGCCCUGGCAAACGAGCGGGAGGCGCAGUGGCAGCAGACGCGGAUGCUGCGCUCACAGCUGGAGGAACAGCAGCGGCAGAGCGCGGCGUCGGAGGAUGCGUGGCGGUGCAGACUCGACGAGGCACGCCGAGAGGCGGCGGUAGAGGCGCAGGCAGGGAUGCGGGAGCGGGAGGAACUGCUGCGACUGCGUGAGGCGGAGUUGCAGCGGGGCGGCUCGCAACUUGAGGGGCGCCUCGCCGAUGCGGCCGCGGAGGCACGGCGCCAGCAGGAGGCGAAAGAGGCGCUUAUGCUGCGGAUAGACGACCUGCAGCGUUCCCUGCGGCGGCAGGAGGCCAUGACGCAGCGCGCGCAGGACGCACUGAGCGUGGAGCAGAAGGCGAAGGCGCAGCUGGGGGAGUACAUGGCACUGGAGCGGCAGACGCACCGCCAGCGGCUGGAGCAAACCGAGAAUAGUUACAAGGCGCAGGUGCAGGAGAUGCAGCGCCUCUGCGAUCAGCACGCGCGCGAGCGCGAGCGGCUGGAGAGUGAGGUGACACGUUGCCAGCGAGAAGCACAGCAGGAGGCGCAGCGCACGCGGGAGCUGUGGCUGCAGCAGAAGCAGCAGCUUGAGGCGACGAUAGAGUCCCUGCGCGGGGAACUGACACGCGCCCGCAUGCGCCUCGACACAGCAGAUGAGUCGCAGCAGCGCGUGGAGGCGCUGCUAGCGCGCAGCAGACGCGAGUUGGAGGCCUCGCAGCAGCAGGAGGCGGUGCUGCAGGAGACCGUCGCCUCCCUGCACAAGGCGGCGGCCAGGCGUGACGCCACCCACCUGCGCCUGGAGGGGGAAGUCGCCCGACUGCUUGCCGCUGUCGCCGAGCGCGAGCGCGAGACGGAGCGGUGGCGGUCGGCGGUGGACCGCAGGGAGUGGCAGUCCAGGCUGGAGGUGGAGCGCGAGCGCGCGCUUCCCGAGCCACUGCCGCCGCCGCCACCGCUGCCGCUGCCGCUGCCUGCGGCUUCCGCCGCCCGCCGGGCCGCUCGCCGCGCCGCUCGCCGCGCCGCUCGCCGCGGGUCACCCCGCAUCGGCCGCUGCAGCAGGCGGAGAGCAUCGACUACACCCCGGCGGGAGGCAGCUCCCCGUCCCGCGUCGAGGCGGAGGAGGAGGAGGAGGCUGAAGUGCUUCGCUCGCUCGUGCAGGAGGUGCUGCAGGGGUGCAUGGCGACACACACGCGGCCCUCCGCACCCGCCUCCAACGCCGCUGCAACUGCUGCUGCUGCUGCGGCGACGACGACGACGACGACCGACCGCCACGUGCAAACCCCGCGGCGCCGGACGAUGGCGUCGCGUGGGCGGCGGCGUGCGCCAGCGGGCGACGCAAACCUUGCGGAGGACUCGCUGCAAAACGGGUCGGCUUCGCCGUCGCCCAUCGCCCGCGCCACACCGCCGCGGGACGUCAGUGCGCCCGGCAGGCGCGCCCCGUUGA